GGCACCCUUGGCUGGCUAAGAGGGCCACAUCGAGAAAGUGACUUAGCUGUAGAAGCUGACCACAACAGGAGACACUGACAUCAGCACUGUCACGAGUAAUCGUACACGUGCUCGGGAAAUCACAUCACACGGAUUGUGGGCUCGUCCAAGUUUAAAAGCAAACUGCAGGCAACAACAGAUACACACAGGCAGAAAACAGGUUGAGAACAGAUAAUUAAGACAAUGUUCGGCGUGUUAGUGAAGAAUCUGUCUGUUGGAGAGCGCGUGCGUCCAUGCAUAUCACACCUGCUCUGUAGGCGCAUCCGUUGGCGGCAAACGGACCCCUGUGAGCGCAUGUGUUGCUACUACGUCUCCUGCACAUACAAACACGAAUCGUGCGAACGGCCAGGUCUCUUCAAGUUCACUUGACUAACCAUGUCUCGGGAGUGUUGUUGUUGUGGCACGAGACCUCCAUCCACAAGCAUCCUCUCCACCCGUACUUCUUGCACGCCUCAUUUCCCGAUUUAUGCAAACGCGUCGGCCCAGACGGACCAGGCUUCAGGUCCGUCAUGCACACAUACUUGUGGAGGUUGAAAGGGGUGGACGGGGUCUUCCUCUUCAUGCAGCCAUACAGCUUCCGGUUGCACUUCCUGUUCCUUCUAUCGCAACGUUGGUCGUCGCAACUGCAUGGAAAGACCAAGAGCAGAAGAGAGUUCAACAAAGGAGAUUGGCCUGCAGCAUGCUGUCCUCUCAUGUCUACUCACUCGUUGGAGCAGCAAUCGUUGUCGUAUCUGCAGCGGUGUCCAUAUGGGGCCAGCGCUUUCUUCGGCCAGCACCAACCAUUGACGCAGUUCUUAGAGUUGCAAUCCCGGGUGCGACUGCAUCUACUCCCAAUUGGCCUCUGCUGCUCCGAAACAGCAGUUGUGUUGCCCUGAGGGCAAGCACACAAGGAACAGGGUCGACAAUAAUUACCGAGACUCAACGCACUCGCAUCUCAUGUGUAGGUUUGUGUGAGAGCUCGGGUGCGCGUACAUGGGAGGAAGCCUGCUCCUCCUCCAUGCCGUCCUCAUCAGCCUCGUCUCUGUAGGGACUGUCGGGAUGCUCAGGAUUCAUCCAGUCCUCCCACACCUGCACCCAAACAGAAGAACAGCCAUCUAUGUGCAUGAGACUCAACACCCUGCGUCAGCAAGCUCCACUAGCCUACAUCGUCGCCGUCUGCAUCGUCGUCUUGUUCCGUGAAGCCGCCGAGGUCCUCCUCGAGCUCAACUGUACGAGGUGCGUCUCCAAGUUGAAACUCGGGAGACUCCGGGUCUGCGGCAGGCACGGGCGGGUCGGCAUAAGGAGCGGCCAGACCCAUCGUUACCAGGGCAGCGAACACGACAAGCAGACGAGUCAUGAUGCACACACAGCACACAGAUCUGCGGCGGAGGGGGGAAGAGGAGGAGAGGGGGAGAAAGGGUUAGGCCGUUACGGCUCCGUUACCGCCCCAGGGUUAGGCCGUUACGGCUCCGUCACCGCCCCUCAGGGGUGCGAGCUGCAGCAGCGGUUUCAGGGAUGAAAUUUCCCUCCUCCGUCGGGCUGGCGGGACUCGCUCGCGUUCCCG